AUGGCUAGUCUUAGCUACUGCACUGCUUCGAAAUUGGAACCAAACAUUCAAGAAUUCAACUCAGAAAUGGAAAUGCAGCUUCCUCCAGAACUUCUUUUUGAUUUCAACUAUGAUGAUGAACUGAGCUUUUAUAAUGAUCCAGAGGAUUGCUAUUUCGAUCCAUUUUUCGACACCAACGAGUUCAUUUUACCAAUGGAAAGUACUCACAAUUCUUCUUUCAUGCCAGAGUACUGUGAUUUCGAGAGCACCCCAAAACAACAGAAGGUCUUUCAAGACAACUGCCUUCCAGAUAUAAUAACACCAUCUAACAAUUCUUCUUUCAUGCCAGAGUACUCCAUUUUUGAGAGCAAAUCAACACAACAAAAGGUCUUUCAGGACAACUGCCUUCCAAAUAUAAUAACAUCGUCUCACAAUUCUUCUCUCAUGCCAGAGUACUCUGUUAUCGAGAGCACCCCCAAAAGGCAAAAGGUCUUUCAAGACAACUGCCUUCUUCCAGAUAUAAUAACGUCGUCUAACAACUUGUUCAACGGGUUUGUACCAAAUCCUCCAAUCUUUCAAGAUUUCGCCUCGUUUUCGAUUCCAGAAAUUCCUAUGCCUGUUUUUAGUAACGGAUGCUGCAACAAUAACGCUGAGGUUGUUGUGAAGAAAAGUAAUAAUGAGAAGAAGAUGUCAGCACAAAGCAUAGCGGCGAGGCAAAGGAGGAAGAAAAUUACUGAGAAGACACAAGAAUUGGGGAAGUUGAUACCCGGUGGACAUAGGAUGAACACUGCUGAAAUGCUUCAAGCUACUUUCAAGUAUAUUAAGUUCUUGCAAGCACAAGCUGGACUUCUUGAGUUCAUGGGAUCAUAUCAGGAGAAUGAGAAAUCAUUUCAGACAACAGAUUUGCACAAACUCGUUGGAUCUUCCUUGAUUCAGGAGAAGUUGUAUUCAAGUGAAAAGUGCUUAGUUCCAAAAGUGUUCCUUGAAGCCCUAGAGAAUAAUCAUGAAGUCCAAAAUUCACAAGGACUUGAGGUUGAGGAAGUUAAGCCUUUGAUUAGAUGA